AUGACUUACCAACCGCCGUAUAGUGCUUUUCGCGCCCCGUCGCUGGACGAGACGCUCAACCAUCCGGCGUUUCCCGGCGCCAAAUGGAGCCUCAUACCAGACAGCCAAGGGAAGGCCACCGUCGCCAAGGACCGCUCAGGGCCGAUUGAUAUUGCCUGGCAGAUCCACGGCCACGGGCCGGUAAAGAUUGUGCUCAUCAUGGGCCUCGCCGCCAGCCUGAACGCCUGGCAGCGGCAGACGUGCUACUUUGGCCAUGACCACGCCGACAAGUACACCAUGCUGCUGCUCGACAACCGUGGUGUCGGCACCAGCGACAAGCCGCUCGCGCGCUACACGACGACCGAGAUGGCCGCCGACGUCGUCGAGGUGCUCGACCAGAUCGGCUGGACCGAACCGCGCUCGAUCCACGUCAUCGGAAUGUCGCUCGGCGGCAUGAUUGCUCAGGAGCUCGCCUGCGCGCACCCGCGCCGCCUGCGCAGCCUGACCCUGCUGUGCACCACCGCCGCGCUCGAGAGCGACCGCCCCGCGCUCGAGACGCUUUGUGACCGCUUCGACCUGCUGCGGCCAAAGGGGCUGGAGCGCAUCAUCCACGACACCGCCCACCGCCUGUUCCCGCGCGCAUGGCUCGUCGCCCCCGAUGAGGCGGCCAACCUGCCCUCGCCGCACGCCACGCGCCGCUGCGGUCCCGCGCCGCCGCCAAGAACAACGACGAAUAACAAUACAACGACGGCGACGAUGCUCCGGCCCAACGACAGCGGCGUGGACCUGUCGCCGUCGUCCGAGGGCUCCAUGGCCGAGGCCAUGGAAAAGGGCCUCGACCUCAACGGCACCGGCACCGGCACUGGCGGCGAGGAGAUGCGCGCGUACCGCCGCUUCGGCAGCAACUUCCAGCGGUACCAGGCUGAGGAGAUGACCAAGUACUACCCGCCCAACGUCUUCUCGCGGCAGGGCCUGCUGUGCCAGCUUGCCGCCGUCGUCGGCCACCGCAAGUCGGCGUCGCAGCUGCGCGACAUGGCCGACGCCGUCGGUCGUGAGCGCAUCCUCGUCCUCCACGGCACCGACGACCGCAUGAUCGGCGCCAACAACGGCGAGAAGCUCAUUCGCAUGAUCCACCCCAGCGUCGGCCUCAUCGUCGACGGCAUGGGCCACGCGCCCAUCAUGGAGCGUGCCGCCUGGUUCAACGAGCUCAUGGAGACGCGGCUGGCCGCCUGGUCCCAGAUGGACUAA